ACAACUUGAUACAGAGUAACAGUAAAUCACACGGAGCAGCUCCUACGGCACCAGCAGUGAAAUUGUAACCCUGUUGCGAGUAUUUUUGGCCGCCGAUAGCGCCGAGUGAGAUCACCGCGGAUCUCUUUCCUCGGCUAGACUCAAGAGUUGUUCGGCCGGGAGCAACGCAGGGACCUCUCGUCUCUCAUUUCUGCUCUAAUCUCAAUUAUUAUUAUCACACUGGAAAUGUCCGAAAACAAGCCGAGUGAUGAGCCGAAGUUAUCUACGACGGACAGGGUGGUGAAAUCUGUCCCGUUCCCCCCCAGUCACCGGCUGACGGCUAAAGAGGUGUUUGACAGCGAUGGGAAGCCCAAAGUGGACGUGCUGAAAGCCCACCUAACCAAGGAAGGCCGCGUGGAGGAAUCGGUGGCCCUGAGACUCAUCGCAGAGGGUGCCUCAAUCUUGCGUGCGGAGCAUAACCUGCUGGACAUCGAAGCCCCUGUGACAGUGUGUGGAGACAUCCAUGGGCAGUUCUUUGACCUGAUGAAGCUGUUUGAAGUGGGAGGAUCUCCAGCAUCCACGCGCUACCUUUUCCUGGGGGACUACGUUGACAGAGGGUAUUUCAGUAUUGAAUGUGUGCUGUACUUGUGGGCCUUAAAGAUCCUUUACCCAAAAACACUGUUUUUGCUGCGUGGGAAUCAUGAAUGUAGACAUUUAACAGAGUAUUUCACAUUUAAGCAGGAAUGUAGAAUUAAGUAUUCAGAGAGGGUGUAUGACGCAUGUAUGGACGCCUUCGACUGCCUUCCCCUGGCUGCACUUAUGAACCAGCAGUUCCUGUGUGUACACGGAGGACUGUCUCCAGAAAUCACAAAUCUUGACGACAUCAGGAAAUUAGACAGAUUCAAAGAGCCCCCAGCAUACGGACCAAUGUGCGAUCUGCUGUGGUCCGACCCCCUGGAGGACUUUGGGAAUGAGAAGAGCCAAGAGCAUUUCACACACAACACAGUGCGAGGCUGUUCCUACUUCUACAGCUACCCUGCAGUCUGUGACUUUCUACAACACAAUAACUUAUUAUCUGUCAUCCGGGCCCAUGAAGCGCAGGAUGCUGGAUACCGCAUGUACAGAAAGAGUCAGACCACUGGCUUCCCAUCCCUUAUCACCAUCUUCUCUGCACCCAACUACCUAGAUGUCUACAACAACAAAGCGGCAGUGCUGAAGUACGAGAACAACGUAAUGAACAUCCGACAGUUCAACUGCUCACCUCACCCUUACUGGCUGCCCAACUUCAUGGACGUUUUCACCUGGUCCCUGCCCUUCGUCGGGGAGAAGGUGACUGAGAUGCUUGUGAACGUAUUGAGCAUCUGCUCCAAUGAUGAGCUGACGACUGACGAGGAGAUGGACGGUGCCACAGCUUCUGCCCGUAAGGAGGUCAUCCGCAACAAGAUUCGCGCCAUUGGCAAGAUGGCCAGGGUGUUUUCUGUGCUCAGAGAGGAGAGUGAGAGCGUGCUGACGCUGAAGGGACUGACCCCAACAGGCAUGCUACCAAGCGGAGUGUUGUCCGGUGGCAAAGAAAAGCUGCAGAAUGCCAUCAAAGGCUUCUCGCCCCAGCACAAGAUCACCAGCUUCGCGGAGGCGAAGGGUCUGGAUCGCAUCAACGAGAGGAUGCCGCCGCGGCGGGACGCCUCGCGGGACGCCUCGCCCUCCGACGCCAGCCUCAACUCCCUCAACAAGGCGCUGUCCUCGGAGGCCAACGGCACGGACGCCAAAGGGAGCACCAGCAGCGGAGACAACAUCCAGUGAAGGCCAGCGGCAGGCGCCAUCUUGGCCGUCAUCACGGCCCGCCGCCGCAGGAAAGGGGGCAAAGUGUGAAGGUGUGAGAAGGAGGGGAGGCAUAUAUGACUCAAACUGGGGGGGGGGGGGGGCAUCUCACUUUCUAGUCCUUGGAUAUGCCUUCAGAAUAUUAGUUCAUAGUCAAAUCUGCUAAGUUAUUGCCGAAUCACAUGUCUGAACGGCCGGGCCUCUGUUGUGCUUGAUUCUUCACCAUGUCAGAGAGGGGAGGGGGGAGGGGGGGAGGGGAUAAAGAGAUCUUAAAGGUGAUUUUAUUUUAUUUUAUUUCUUGAAAGACCCUUGCUCAUUUACACCGAAAUGGAAAGUCGUGUAACUUCUUACUAACUAUUGUACGUUUACAAAAAUACAGCACUAAAAAGGACAGAACAUGAGAUAAUGUUUUUAACAUAUAUGGGUGUACAAACUAAAUAAGGACUAUUUAUUGAUAACUUUUUUUUGCUACUCUUAUAAAAUAGCUCUGAAAUUAAUUAGGCAGUCUUAAAAAGAAUGUUGCAAUGUUGUCGAAAUGCCAAAUAAUGGAACGUUUUAUGGUUGUACAUAUUAUGCUUACCUCAGGUUCUUUUGGUGUGUGCUCUGACCUGAUUUUUUUCUGUAUAAUGGCUAAACAACUCUGUAAUGAAUACCUAUUUUCUUGAGUUUCAUAACUGGAAUUUACAUUUAUCUAUCUAUUAUUUGCAAAUAUGUUUAUUUUUUUGUCAUUUUUGGAAGGGGUUGGGGGGUAAAUUUUAUUGUGGCUUGCUGGAAUUGAGUGUUCAUUUUUCUCU